UCUUUCUUCAUUUACUACAAAAGAAAUAGAUAUAUGUACCCAAAAAGCUGAUCGAUCAUGGCAAAGUUGUCCAGAUCAAACGGCAAGAAAAAGAAUAUAAUGGCAUGAAGACAGUGGUAGAAAUGUUUCAAAAGAGUUUUCUAUCAGACAAGAGGUCAAUGACAAACCAUUUUGAUGAGUUCGAGAACUCAAAGGAUCAUGUGGCUAAUGACGUUAAAGAAGGGCAUUUCGCGGUGAUGGCGGUGGACAAUGAUAAGCUCAUGAGAUUCAUCGUUCCUCUGAGUUGUUUGAGGCAUCCAACUUUCUUAAGGUUGCUGGAAAAAGCUGCAGAGGAGUAUGGGUUUGAGCAUAAAGGUGCACUCAUGCUUCCUUGCAGGCCAAGUGAGCUGGAGAGGAUUCUUGAAUUGCCAAGCAAUAUAAUGGAAGAGCAGAUUGGAACUCUUGUACAAGUCAAGAGCUUGUAUGUCCAAUUUCAUUUAAUUUGUUUUUUAAUAGUUAAUUAAUACAAUUCAAUUUUGAUCAA